CUUCUCUCGACCCCGCUUCCUUCUCCUCCAAGCACCAUCGCCAGUUCGCGGCCUCUGCCUCCUACUGCUCUGCUCAGGCGCGCGGGUUCGCGGCGAGCUAUGGCGCCGUCCAGGCACGCCGACGAGGGCGGGCAGCUCCAGCUCAUGGAGGCCGACAGGAUCGAGGAGGAGGAGGAGUGCUUCGAGUCCAUCGACAAGCUGAUCUCCCAAGGGAUAAACGCAGGAGAUGUGAAGAAGCUGCAGGAUGCGGGGAUCUACACAUGCAAUGGUCUCAUGAUGCAUACCAAGAAGAGCCUUACAGGAAUCAAGGGUUUAUCUGAAGCAAAAGUUGAUAAGAUCUGCGAGGCAGCCGAAAAACUUCUGAGCCAGGGUUUCAUGACAGGAAGUGAUCUCCUUCUUAAGCGGAAGUCUGUUGUUCGGAUUACCACUGGGAGCCAGGCGCUUGACGAUCUGCUUGGUGGAGGGAUUGAAACACUUUGCAUCACAGAGGCAUUUGGAGAGUUCAGGUCAGGGAAGACCCAGUUGGCUCAUACUCUAUGUGUCUCCACUCAGCUCCCAAUCAGCAUGCAUGGGGGGAAUGGGAAGGUUGCCUACAUUGACACUGAGGGGACAUUCCGGCCUGAACGCAUUGUGCCAAUUGCGGAGAGAUUUGGGAUGGAUGCCAACGCUGUUCUUGACAAUAUCAUAUAUGCUCGUGCAUACACCUAUGAGCACCAGUACAAUUUGCUCCUGGGCCUUGCUGCCAAGAUGGCUGAAGAGCCUUUCAGGCUUCUGAUUGUGGAUUCUGUGAUUGCACUAUUCCGUGUUGAUUUCAGUGGCAGGGGUGAACUUGCAGAGCGUCAGCAAAAAUUAGCACAGAUGCUGUCCCGCCUUACUAAGAUUGCUGAGGAGUUCAAUGUUGCAGUGUACAUCACCAACCAAGUGAUUGCUGAUCCAGGUGGUGGUAUGUUCAUAACUGAUCCAAAGAAACCAGCAGGCGGCCACGUGUUGGCGCAUGCAGCCACCAUCAGAUUGAUGCUGAGGAAAGGCAAAGGCGAACAGCGUGUCUGCAAGAUCUUUGAUGCCCCUAACCUUCCUGAGGGAGAAGCUGUUUUCCAGGUCACAUCAGGUGGAAUAAUGGAUGCAAAAGACUGAUGAUCCACUCAGGGCGCUUCCUGUCCUAAGAUUGUUCAGUUUUCUUAGAAAAUUCACAACAUACAUCGGUACAUUGGCAAAAGCUACUGUACUGUUACUCUGUUUUGUUCUUGUCCAACAUUGAAAAAGUAGGCAACCUCUAUGUUGCUUAGGCCUCCUAUUGGGUAUUUUUGCACGGUCUUUCAGAUCAAACCAGUUGUACUGAGACGAAGUGUUUUCUUGUUCAGUGAGAUCAAACAAAUGACUGCAUCGGUUAAAAGUUACAACUGUGCUUCUUGCACCAAUCAUAGGUUUCUGGUGGUUGCUCAUGACCAUGUACACACUCGAUCAUCCUGUUGCCUCCACGUCUAGGCCUGCUCUGGCACCGGCAUGCACAACACAACUGCUAAUAACUUUCGUCAUCCUCGUCCUCCUGCCGCUGCGUGGGCAGUGCGUGGCGGCAGAGAGAGGGCAGGUGCGGUGGUUAACCCGGAGCCAUCCCAAGAUGCAGCUCUGAUGGAAGGCAUGUGUGCACGGCAUCGCCCUGAGUUUGUCCUCGGCGUUGAGACCCUGCAGGCACACGGCGCACUCCACCUGCAGCCUCGCGUCGCCGGCCCUCACCUCCUGCAGGCCCAGGAUUAUGGUUGUCACUGGGCACCCAGCAUCCAUACCCGCUAUGUUUGGGGAGGGUACGGGUUACCCAUUUUUACCCGUACCUGUUCAGAAACAAUAUAUCUAAUUUACCUGUACCUGUUCAGAAAUAAUAUAUCCC